AUGGGGAAAUUAAAGAAAAAGUCAAGAGCUUCAAUAGAGAGACGUAAACAGGUUCUCGGCCAGAGAAAAAAAGAAGUGGACGACUCCACCCAGAAGAAGGUGGCACCUCUCAUCUCCAAGUUGUCAUCAUCUGCGCCUAACGAAAGAUCAAUGGCGAUUUCGGCUGUGUCCAUGAUUUGCGAUACCGACUCGAAGCUGAGAAAAUUGUUCUUGAAGGAGAAACUGGUUCAGAUAACAAUGGAGCAAUUGUUAAACGAUAAUAAUGACGAGUGUGUCAUGGAAGCCUGGGGUCUCUUGAGGAACCUGGUGGUUGACGAAGGCUAUGCUGUCGCGGUCUAUACGUGGCGUAAUGAUAUCUGGACUGCUCUUCAUGCUGCUUUAGUUAAAGCGGAUGCCAGCUUGGAAAAAGUGGACGGUUCUACGGGUUCUGUGGAGAAGACCCUUCUUUUCGAUUACAUCGAGAACGUGCUUGGUCUGAUCGAGGCCCUAGCCGAGGUUGAUGAUAAUGAUCUAAGAGACGAAGUGAUGAACAAAGUUUUGUCGGGGAAUAUUGUGGAGUUUCUUCUGAAGGUGAAAAGCCACCCAAAAGUCACUGCAAAACUGUAUACGUUCGUGAUUGGAUUUUUCUACGAGAUCAGCUCCCAAUCGCUCGAGUUCUUAAGAUUGAGCUCUCAAAAACUGUCUUUGGAAACUUCGGCUUCGUCCAACUCUGGAUUUCUAGCUCAGCUGUACCAUAUCGGUUUAGACUUCCAGCUGAAGGAAGUCCAGAACGCGAUAACCCCGCAAGUGGCCCUGCGGUACCUAGAGACCAUCCAGACCUUGCUUGCUCAGAUUGAUCUCUCAAAAACGUCCCGUCAGGAAGCCGCUAGCGAUAUCCCCACCAAGGAAGAAAUAACUGGCUUCCAAGAGACAAAAAUGAACAUACAGGCUGUGGACGUGGCUUUGGACUUGGUGUCUGCAAUUGUGGAAUCAAUUGGAUCCAACAACCUGGGAAACGAGCAGAUCUACCAAGUAUCCACCAAUCACAUCAUUCCCAGUCUUGUGCUAAUAUCUCAAAACGAAGAGUUCGUGUCGAAGGCUCUUGUUGCUCUUUACAAUUACUCGUGGCUAUUAAAAUCAGAAGAAGACUGGUUGCCCACAGCACAGGAAAUACUUGCCAUGGUGCUUCCUCAAGUGUAUCAGACGGAGGAGUUGGAAUUGAAGACUGACUACCUAAAUCUGGCUUGGGUAUUGUUAAGUACGUCUGGCGAUUUUGAAGCGAAUUCAGACAUCAACCAGGUUCAAGGCUUGAUCACGUUUUCGACCAAUUUGGUGCAGUCGGAACAAAUUCCUGGAAACUUGACUGGCUACUAUACUUCGUUGAUUAGGUUCUUGUCUAAACUACCGGCCAGAUCCUCCUUGGAAAUAGCCACUGCUAUUGGUGACUUCUUGGUGGAAUGCACAAGGUCGUCGCUCGAGCAGCUCGUGACUGGAAAUUUCACCCAAAUUCACACGAGAUAUCAGAACCUGUUCGAGAUCAACACCGUGGAGUGCCUGAAUGCUAUCUUCGAUGUUUUUGGUGACGCAUCAUACGCUUAUGAUGAGUCUGUCUACGUUCAGAGAGACUACUCUUCGAAACUAGAGUCUCUAAUUUCUCACGUGAAAAGGGUAUUCAAGGUAUGUGACAAAUCCAAACACCCAGAGUUGAAGGAACAAUUAGCCGAGGUCAUGGACAAUCUACCAUUAUUCAUAGAGUACAAGAGGUCCGAGAGAAAUUAG